GUUGACCUGGAGACUCUGCCACGCGACCAUGAGAUAACCUUUUGGCUGUUGCCCAGCAGGGACAAUUUGGUUGCUCUCCUCCGAAGCUUUGCAAAAAUCUCAGCCCCUUUCUUCAUCAUAGGCAGUUCGCUCAAUCGAUUCGUGGCUUAUGUGUACAGGUCCUAAAUGCUUAAAAGCUCGCACUUUUGGCCUUGAAUCUCAGCAAUCAUGGCCUUCCGUCUUCCUACCCACUUAGAGUCUUUCAUCCCACCACCAUCCCAGCAGGUUCCUCAAUCGAGGCCAUGGCGGGGUACUUUCGUAUUGAGCGGUGCCCAUUUCUCCAACAGUUCUCCCAGUGAAGAGCUGUGCAUCACGGCCGCAGAAACCGAUGGCGACAAUCGUAUGGAUCUUGGCCUUCUCACCUUUACGUCCACUUGAUGCACGACGCGAUCGCACUCAAAGACGUUCAAGCUUGGGUCAAACAUCGCGCCCCGCCGCUCUGUACUUUCAUGCCUGAUAGGCUUAGCGAUGCCAACGGUAACGCCAUCAACCAAGCGAAUUUCCGCCAGCUUUCUCGCCUUUUGUACGAGAAACAGAUGGUGGCUAUCGCACCUUGGCGCGUUCCGGAAAGGCUGCCUGGGGCGGGUAUCAUUAUUUAUCCCACUCAGACGUCGAGUGGCAUGCUCGUCGGUGCCAUAUUCUUGACGGCUGGUUUUCCCGACUUUGUCGCUGCUGCGUUACAGCCACCAACCGGCAGUUCACGCCUUCUCUAUGGUGCUACCGGCUCUCCUGAGUCGAGCCUCAGUUCCUCCAGCCGUCAUCCUCAGUAUCAAAGCUAUCCUGCUCAUUACGCGCAACCUCAUACGACUCCAUCUCCCUCUUCUGGAAAUGAAGGAACCUCUGCGUACAAUUCGGUGCAUGGCAGUGGUCAAGGCCAGCGCUGACGUAUACCUAUUAUUCCAAACAUCUAGAAUUCGCCAUAGAGACUUUAACCGUUCGAGACUCGGUAUUUUUUUCGCGAUAAUUUCUUGUAUCCAUUUAACGCAAUCUUCUGUAUCAACUGUUCAAUUUCUGUAGAGAUAACUUUCUUUUACAACGCUUUGUUCGUUUUCGAAGUUUUCAUUUCCAUAUACUAACACAAAAAAAAAGAAGGAAAAAAGGAAGUCAACAAAAAAAGGUCCCCUUUAUGUAUCAGUUCAAUAGUAUAGUUUUGUAUUUUUAUCGGUAUUUGAUGUAGUGUGUAACUGAUGGUUAUCGUAUGUGUCACUGUAGAG